GACGCGGGCCCCGCGUCGCUGCAGGAGCUCGGCAAGGGCGUACCGCUGCAGGCUCUCCCCGGAGAGAUGCCGCUGUACAUUGUCGAGUUCAAGCAGGGGCGCACUGACCUGUACUUCAAGCAACAAUGGGCUACACACGACGAUUUUGACGUCUGUAAGGGUGACCUCGUCGUCGUCGAGGCUGAUCGAGGCAAGGACCUGGGCACCGUCGUCAACGAUUCGAUCAAUGUCGCACAGGUACAGUCCUUCCUGGUUCAUCAGAACGGCAUGCGCGGCGCAGCAGGCGCCAGCGCAGGAGCAAGCGAUUCUAAGGUCCGGCUGAUCAGCCCCAAGCGACUGUACGGUCGUGCGACGCCGGCCGACACGGCGCUGCUGUACUCAAAGGCGCAGGACGAAGAGCGCGCGCUGCAACUUUGCGUGACUAAGGUGACGCAGCGUGGCUUGCCCAUGAGCGUCAUUGCUGCGGAGAUGCAGUGGGACCGCAGGAAGCUCACGUUCUACUACACCGCUAACGUCCGAGUCGACUUUCGCGAUUUGGUCAAGGAGCUGUUCCGUCUGUACAAGACGAGG